UUGAAUGGAUUGCUGCAAUCUCCUUAGCUGCUGGAGCAGCUGUGGUUGGGUAUCUAGCUUACAGAUUUCUCUCUAAAGACAAACGCUCCAAAGCAAUGGUGAAUCCCCAUAUCCAGAAGGAUAACCCCAAGGUAGUCCAUGCAUUUGAUAUGGAAGAUCUGGGAGACAAGGCUGUGUACUGUCGUUGUUGGAGAUCUAAGAAGUUCCCGCUGUGUGAUGGCUCUCACACAAAGCACAAUGAGGAAACUGGUGACAACGUUGGGCCUCUGAUCAUCAAGAGGAAGGAGGCAUAGAGUGGACAGUAGAAGCUACAAAAUGAAUGUCUGACAAUUUCUCUGCUCACCUGUAACUGGGGGAAAAACCACAAGUUCUCUGUCAUGUCACCGAAGACUUUCCAGUGUAAUAUGUACAUCAGGCUUCAGCAUGUGUAUUCUCUCUGGUGCUUGUCUUGUUUUAAUCACUACAAUACAUAAUUUACUAAAUAGUCAUGGUUUAAAUUUUUGUCCUGUAAAGUGUGUGUACCCUCUCACUGAGUAUGAAACUAAAAUGACGCACAGAAUGUACUUCAUCAGAAAAUAGGUGUUAAAUUUUAUUUUCAAAUACAUGUGUA